GAUGGGGUUAGUUUCCGGUAGCCCCGCACCACUUCGCUCUGUUUACCUCCAUUUUGGUAGCUGCUAACGUAGCUAGCUAGUUGAGAAGAAAACCCGCAGAGGAAAAAACAUUGAAAACUAAAAGCAUCUGCUUCAUUUUUAGAAGAUCCAGACAGGAUGAGGAAGAGGACGAGAGAGCUUGAAGACGGGUCACCUGACUCUGACCAGCCAACCAAGAUGUUCUCCAAGUAUGAGGUCCAAGGUCUGCUCCAGCAGGAAGUGCAUAGUGCCAUGAAACAGUCUGAAUCCAAGAUGGAGUCUCUACUAGAGAGGGUCCAGCUCCUGGAAUGUGAACCCAAAUAUGACCUCGCCAUACGCAAACUGGAGGCUCACAUCAAGAAGGUGAAGAGGAGAGGGGAUGCAGCCAUCUCUUACGUCAGGAUGCUGGGGACCCCAGGAGGCACACUGACACACAAUCAGAGGAUGCUGGGUUCUGGUUCUGUGGAUCUGACUGAGACGGAGACUGAGAGAGGACUGAGUUCUGUGGACAUUAACAGGUCAGAUUCUGAUGAGGAGGACAGGAAGAAGAAGAGUGUAGAUGGCUUCUGGCAGAAAAUGAUGUCCAAUAAGAAGGCCCCAGACAGGAAGACUGAAAUGGAGAGGAAUGGAGAGAAACACAGCAGCCCUCCUCCUACCUCUCCUCCUCUCUCUCCCGUUCUCUUUCCUCAAGUACCGAAGGUAGAGGCUUCAGCAGUACCUGUGACCGGACCACCAGUCAUGUCUCCAGCUCCUGAAGUUCCAGUUAAAACGGAGAGCGCGGUGAAGAUGGAAAACUCUGUUAAGACGGAGGACUCCUCCUCUUCCUCUCCUCCCGUCUCCCCUCGUCUUCCUGUUGCUCUCCGUGUUCCUCCCACUCAGAGUGAGCUGCUGUUCCGUCUCCCUCCUCUCCCCCCGACCCCCCUCCCCCCCUCCCUCCCCCUCGAGGCAGCCUCCCACUCCAUCCCCCAGAAGCCCCUAGUGCACCUGGCCCGUAUCCGAAACCCUUCCCCCUGUCUGGUCAUCCACUGGAGGGUCACUGAGGAAGACCCCGCAGCGCCAGACAUGGACAGUUACAGUAUCUACAUCUCUCAGGACUCCUACCCCUCCUGGAGGAAUGUGGGUGUGGUCAAGGCCCUGGCCCUGCCCAUGGCUGUCACGGUAACCAAGUACCAAUCGGGUACCACCAACGUCAUCGUGGUCGGCAAGGACCGGUAUGGUCGCUAUGGACCCUACAGCGACGUACAGACUGUGGUCCUGGCAUAGAUAGAUACGUGUUGGGGUUCUGUCCAUCUAGAUUGAAGGCCGCUCUGGCCCCCGAGGUGAGAGGUGAAAGGUUACUGUCUUUAACCCCCUGAGAUCUAGUGGUCGCUAGAGUCGGCUGUUCUCUCUGCUACAUCUAAAAGGGGAGCCCGGAAACGGUGUUUUAUGUGUUUUCAAUAGCAUUACCAAUCCAAUGAAGGAUCCACUACAACCGGGCCGAGCGUCUGCAGGGUUUUCGCUCCACCCUUGUCUUGAUUGAUGCUUUAAGGUCACUAAUUAGUUAGGAACCUGAAUAUACAGACAUAGUGAUACAGAUUUUGUACAUUUUAGUCAUUUAGCAGACGCUCUUAUCCAGAGCGACUUACAGUUAGUGAGUGCAUACAUUUUCAUACUGCCCUGGGAAACGAACCCACAACCCUCGGGUUGCAUGCGCAAUGCUCUACCAAUUGAGCUGCAGAUUUGUCCUAGUUGAGUCAACUGUGUUAGCGAUGUUUUGUAGAUCUGUCCUAGUGGAGUCAACUGUGUUAGUGAUGUUUUGUAGAUCUGUCUAGGUGGAGUCAACUGUGUUAGUGAUGUUUUGUAGAUUUGUCCUAGUGGAGUCAACUGUGUUAGCGAUGUUUUGUAGAUCUGUCCUAGUGGAGUCAACUGUGUUAGCGAUGUUUGGUAGAUCUGUCCUAGUGGAGUCAACUGUGUUAGUGAUGUUUUGUAGAUCUGUCCUAGUGGAGUCAACUGUGUUAGCGAUGUUUUGUAGAUCUGUCCUAGUGGAGUCAACUGUGUUAGCGAUGUUUUGUAGAUCUGUCCUAGUGGAGUCAACUGUGUUAGCGAUGUUUUGUAGAUCUGUCCUAGUGGAGUCAACUGUGUUAGCGAUGUUUUGUAGAUCUGUCCUAGUGGAGUCAACUGUGUUAGCGAUGUUUUGUAGAUCUGUCCUAGUGGAGUCAACUGUGUUAGCGAUGUUUUGUAGAUCUGUCCUAGUGGAGUCAACUGUGUUAGCGAUGUUUUGUAGAUCUGUCCUAGUGGAGUCAACUGUGUUAGCGAUGUUUUGUAGAUCUGUCCUAGUGGAGUCAACUGUGUUAGCGAUGUUUUGUAGAUCUGUCCUAGUGGAGUCAACUGUGUUAGCGAUGUUUUGUAGAUCUGUCCUAGUGGAGUCAACUGUGUUAGCGAUGUUUUGUAGAUCUGUCCUAGUGGAGUCAACUGUGUUAGCGAUGUUUUGUAGAUCUGUCCUAGUGGAGUCAACUGUGUUAGCGAUGUUUUGUAGAUCUGUCCUAGUGGAGUCAACUGUGUUAGCGAUGUUUUGUAGAUCUGUCCUAGUGGAGUCAACUGUGUUAGCGAUGUUUUGUAGAUCUGUCCUAGUGGAGUCAACUGUGUUAGCGAUGUUUUGUAGAUCUGUCCUAGUGGAGUCAACUGUGUUAGCGAUGUUUUGUAGAUCUGUCCUAGUGGAGUCAACUGUGUUAGCGAUGUUUUGUAGAUCUGUCCUAGUGGAGUCAACUGUGUUAGCGAUGUUUUGUAGAUCUGUCCUAGUGGAGUCAACUGUGUUAGCGAUGUUUUGUAGAUCUGUCCUAGUGGAGUCAACUGUGUUAGCGAUGUUUUGUAGAUCUGUCCUAGUGGAGUCAACUGUGUUAGUGAUGUUGGUCAUGACUACCAGUCACACCUGUCUUCAGGGAUAUGACCCUUUCCACUGUUAGAUCUUGUUUCAUCACUUUCAUUCUUAAAGGUUUUACCUCUGUUGUAAUAAUAAAAACAUCUCAACGUUUCCUAA